UAGAAAUAAACAAAUUUCACUGGUAACUUUAUGCCAUAUCCUGAAACGCCUAGUCUUAAGAUAACCAUUUGCCAUUCACCACUUGUGAACAGCAAAUUUUCGAAGUUGUGCACAGAGUUGCGAUUGUUUGUGAAAACUUCUGUACUCUACAUUUACAAUGAACUCUUCCAGCAUAAAUUGUAGGCAAAUAUCUACAUUUGUCGGUCCUUUGUCCAUAUAUGGAAUCAAAUUUCCCAAGUCAAAAAUGGACAUAAGAAUGGAGCUUAUUUAAAUCAAUUUCUAUACUAUGUAUAGAAAUUCAUUUAAGUACAGAUUCAAAUUGAGAUUGAAAAAUUUGAACGUGCCCUCUUAGUAAAUACAAAACUUCAAGAAAUUGAUUUAUCAAACAACAAAUUCGCUACGUUGACGACUGAGGCCAAGACUGAAUUUAAUUUUUUGGGAAAUUUAAUAGACUUGAGGUAUCUCAAUUAGAGGGAGAAUCUAUUAGAAUGUCUGCUUUCGUCCACUGUGGCAAAAAUAGAAGAAGUAAAUUAUAGAAUUAAACAAAUUUCGUUGGUAAUUUUAUCUGAUAUCCCCACACCAUGUCACAUCAUAUAAAAUUUGGAUGAUCAACAGUACAACUGGAUGAAAAAUCGGACGAUUAUAUGCCAUAACAGCUUCCUCUAUUUAUACCAUAGUUCUUGGCAUGAACAAAAGCUCACACGAUGCCAUCACAUUCCCGGAAGAAGACGAAAUAAUCGCUCCGAGAAUCGAAGACCUGACAAAAUGCUCCAACGGACGUACAUACUGCGAAUCCUUCGACAAGUACCCAACCAGUCACGUGAAGUACGUGAUGCGGGAGAAUCCGGUUUACAAAGCUCUCUUCGGCGAAGAGGAAGAGGGCGAAUUUAUAUCUAGAAGAGACGAAAAGGAAACGUUCCUUUGUAAGUCGAAGGUCAGUACCAUCUUCCCGAAAGUUGGUAAAAAUGUCAACAACGAAUGGAGGUUCAUCAUAAAUCAAGAGGACGACGGAUUUGUGCAGGGUAUACGAGUGGAGAUCUGCAAAUCGGAGGACUUGCCCUGCGACAUUAUCAAGAAAAUGCCCAACCUUUACGUGACAAGAUGCAAACAGAAGUACAUGCGUCGGCGGAUGUUGUCUUUGACGAAACAAGGUGAACCUGUUCCGGACACGUUCCUUAUGCCAUCAGCAUGUUGUUGCUCGUACAAAAGUGCAUAUCAUUUCAUGUUUAAAGGGGCUUUGGGGUGACAUCGGCGAUAAAAUAGAAUAGAGGGCCCAAGCCGUACUUUGUUUUUCUUUUAAAAGGUUAAUUUGUAUAUAAUAUAUAUUAUCAAUAAAAAUAAUUUAUGAAUUA